AUGCCUCAUGUGGAUGUCGCCAUGGCCAGGAGCCUUCGUGGCGGGGUUCUGGAGCAACUGACCGGCGUUCUAGUCAGGAGCACCGCCUCGGCAAUCCGCAGCAGGGACAUCAUCUCGGAUGCCCAAGGCAAAGUGUCCAACGUCAAGACGGCCUUCUCCAGCUGGGACAACUGCAUGAACAGCUCGUACUGCAAAUGGCCCGUCAUCGCCUCCAUGGCCGUCGGUGGCCUCAUCAUAUUUGCCGUUGUUUGGUGCAUUAUUCGCUGCUGCUGCUGCGGUCGCCCGUGCUGCUGCAGCUGCUUCCAAUGCCUCAAAUGCUGCGGCAACUGCUGCGGUUGCUGCGACCCCCCCGGGGGUGCCAAGCGUCGCAAGUAUCUCGACGAACCCUAUAUCCCUCCGCACCACGGCUACGAGGAACAAGCGCCCAUGAAAGCUCCGACGGCCAGGAAUCCCGCUGCCGAACCUCCCCAAUACGCCGAGUUCGAAGUUCCCAAGAAAGGCGGCGAAGACUCUCUGCCCCACAUGCCCAGCUGGGAGACGGCUGGCUCCAAGAAGGUGCUGCUGGAGGAGGAUAUGGAGAUGAAUCAGCUCAACAAGUCGCAGGCGCCCAGUCCCGCGCAGAGCGCCCUGCCUUCCCCCUCGCCUGCUCCUACGGCUUCGGCAGCCAAUAGCCCCUAUGCUCUCCCCCGUGCCGGCCCGAACGGCUACUUCCCCAACCAGAGCCAGCAAGCCUUGCUUUCGACCCACAACCAGCCGCCAGACCCUCGGGGUCAUCCUCGAGAUCACCCGGUGGCCAAUGGCAGGUACAACGCCGACCGCGAGUCCGUCGGCUUCGGCCUCGAUGAACCCUACGACCAGCCCGGUGCCCUUGGAGGAGCGCCUAAUCAGACAGGCAGCCCCAUGAGUGCCCAUCCGAACCAACCAUACCCGCCCCCGGCCUUCGCGUCCAUGGCGCAGGGACGGCAGUCGCCCGGCCAGGCCCGAAACGUCCCCCACCAGAACCCAAGCAUGCCUGAUGGCUACGGCAUGAGGCGGCAGGGAACCGGUGAAAGUGCGAACCGGCCAAUGAACGGCCCGAUGCAUCAGCCGAGGAACAUGCCGGAUCCACGGCGAGCACCUGGUCCUCGAGGCGGCCAGCCGUUCGCCCAGCGUAUGGAAUCUUCACCCGCACCUCGCGGGCGAGGCUACGACCAGCCAGGCUGGGGGACACCCCAAGAGCAAGGCAGCAGAAAUUGCUCACCAGCCUCCAACCAGCCUUUCCUCCCCCAGAACCAGCGGAAUGCGUACUCGCCUCCUCAGUCGCCGAUUAAGAACAACGCCGGUUUCGAUUUCACUUCUGGCUUUGCUCGUCCCUCGCCUCCCGCAAGCUCAGCCGGGUACCCAGCCUCGGGCACCCAGUCACCCGCACCUGAGGCCUAUCCGGGCUACCGGCCGUAUCAGCCUGUGCCCACUCGCGAGGGCUGA